GCAUGAGUUUGUAGUCGGACCUGUUUACCUGCGACACCACGAGCUACACAUGUGGAAAAAUGGCUAGUGGCGAGUGGAAAAGCGUGUUGGAGGCUUGUGUAAAGAGAGUAAAUGUCAACACGACACACUUAGAAAAAUUUCUUAGUCUUCAAGAUGACGUGGCUGCAGACUUCACUUCAAUAACAAAGAACCUUUAUGACCUUCAAAAAGCUCAUGAGCCUGAACAUUUUAAAGGGAGUCCACUGGUGGAGUUGGCUGUGAAAGACUUUGAUGAGGAGCAGAUCUGGCAGGAGCUGGAGCUACAAAACGAUCCUGCUUUGCAACAAUUUGAACAGUUUGUCGAGAAUAUUGUGUCCAAUGAGACUUUAAGUUUGUUUGAGGAAGAGGAGGAUGAGGAAGAUGAGGAGGAAUUAGAUGAAAGCGAAGCGUCUGAUGAUGAGGAUGCAGAAGAAGAGGAGGAGGAUGAAGAGGCAGAGGAGUUGACAACGCAAAAAACUAAGAAAAAGACUCAUGAUAGUGCAGAUGAAUAUACAGAGGAUGAAUCUGAUUUAGAUUUUGAUGUGGAUGCUCUGGAGAAAAGAGAAACUCUUAAGAAAAAGACUGAUGGAAAACAGUCCAAAUCACGGGGGAUUCCCUCUGAAGUUGAUGAUAAGUUCUUUAAAUUGUCAGAUAUGGAGUCGUUUCUUGAUGAUAUGGAUAAACAGGAAGGAAAGGACAAUGACAAUGAAGACGAUGUAGACUAUUUUCGAGACUUACCAUCAGAUGAGGAGGAUGAGCUCAAUCUGGAGCAAAUGGUUUCGUCCAAGAAGAAAAACAAAAUCAAUGUAAAAAGUUCCAGGAAUCUUAAGUACAACGAUUAUUUUGAUUCUGUGGAGGGAGAAAUGGCAAAAGCAGAUGUCGAUUCAGAGAAUGAUGACGAAGAAGAAGAAGAAGAAGAAGAAGAAGAUGAUGAUGAUGAAUAUGAAAGUGAUGACGUAGAGGAGGAAGAUGAUGACAAGAAUGAGAAGCAAAAACAAUCCAAGAACAAACAGAAGAAAGUGAUGUUCAACCUUUCUGGGGAUGAUGAAAGUGAAGGGGAGGAUAUGGAGGAAAUAUUUGGUGGAAAAUCGACCGACUCGGCCAAAAGUGAAUCAAAAUCAUCAUUUGAAAAGAGACAAGAGAAGAUGUCCGAGAGAAUUAGUGAGCUGGAGAAAGCAGCACUGGCAGAAAAGCCGUGGCAGCUGACAGGAGAAGUAUCGGCUCAGGCACGCCCAGAGAAUAGCAUGCUCGAGGAGGACGUCGACUUUGAGCAGUCUUCCAGGAUGGCCCCUGCAAUCACAGAAGAAACUACUCUCCAACUUGAAGACAUCAUCAAACAGAGAAUUAAAGAUGGGGCUUUUGAUGAUGUGGUCCGCAAAGAGAAACCCAAAGAGGAAGUGUUUGAGUACAAGAAAAGGCUAACCUUGGAUCAUGAGAAAAGUAAACAAAGCUUAGCAGAAGUCUAUGAACAAGAAUAUAUCAAGAAGAUCCAGCAAAAGACGGAAGAAGAGGAAAAUCCAGCUCAUGUAGAGAUUGAAAAGCUCAUGGACACACUUUUCCUUAAGUUAGAUGCUCUCUCCAACUUCCACUUCACUCCCAAACCAUCUGUUCCAGAGGUUAAAGUUGUUUCUAACUUGCCUUCUAUUGCGAUGGAGGAGGUGGCUCCAGUCAGUGUCAGUGAUGCCACAUUACUUGCUCCAGAAGAAGUAAAGGAAAAGAACAAGGCAGGUGAUAUGCUGGGGGCCACUGAAAAGACCACAACAGAUAAAAAGCGUGAGAGGCGUCAAAAGAAAAAGGUGAAGCGUCUCAAAAUUCAAGAGAAAGAAAGAAGACAGAAACUCAAAGAGGCCCAACAAACAGGAGAAAAUAAGAAGCCAUCUAAGGCCAAAGUCACUGAAGAUUUGAAGAAACUCACAAAGGGCGGCAAAGCUACACUGCUGAAAGAUGAAGGAAAAGAUAAAGCUCUACGCUCCUCUCAAGCCUUCUUCUCCGAACUCCAGGAUCAAGUCAAAAGCCAGAUCAAAAGUGCAAAAGACCAGUCAUCAAAAAAGAAGAAACACAAAGAGGUGUCUGCGAGCAAGCUCAAGUUAUAACAGACAGUUUAUAGUUGUUUUAUUGUACAGUUUUUUUUCUUUUUAUGAUGAAAGUAUUGUUAUAUCAUCCUGUUCAAAAUAUAAAUGUCUCAUUUGCUAUC